AUGGCAGCUUCAGCCCCCAUCCAGAAAACAAUCUACCUCGGCACCUUCGUGCACAGCAAAUCCCUGACCGAACUCGACAUAUACGAACAUGCAGCCAUCGGCGUCGACGAAAACGGCAUCAUCUCCUUCAUAGAAAAAGACAUCGCCAAUGUCCAAGAUAUCAAGAGCCAGAAGCCCGAAUGGAAAAAUGCCAAAACCAUCAUACCCAAGUACAAGAACAGCUUCUUCUUCCCCGGCUUCAUCGACACGCACACGCACGCCCCGCAACACCCAAACACAGGCCUAUUCGGCAAGACGACAUUGCUUGACUGGCUGCAGACGUACACUUUCCCCAUGGAAGCCAGUUUCACGGACUUGGACCGGGCAAGGAAGAUCUACUCAAACUUCGUCUCCCGCACGCUGUCCCACGGAACGACGACCGCCGCGUACUACGCCACCAUCCACGUCCCCGCAACCAACCUGCUCGCGGACAUUUGUCUGAAGCGCGGCCAGCGCGCGCUCGUCGGCCGCGUAUGCAUGGACAGCGACCUAAGCCCCUCGUACUACCGCGACGCCAGCGUCGAGAGCAGCGUGGCAGAUAGUUCCGCAUGUAUCUCGUACAUCCGCUCCAUCGACUCAGCAGGCGAGAUAGUGCGGCCGAUCCUAACCCCGCGCUUCGCACCCUCCUGCACGUCCGAGUGUCUGCGUGCGAUUGCAGACGUGGCGCGCGAGACGGCGAGUUUCGUGCAAACCCACAUCUCCGAGAACGUAGGCGAGAUCGCGCUGGUGAAGGAGAUGUUCCCCCAGAGCACGAGUUACACGGACGUGUACGAUACGCAUGGAUUGCUUACGCCGAAGACGAUCCUCGCGCACGCGGUGCAUUUGUCGGAGGAAGAGCGCAGGACGAUUCGAAGCAGGGGGAAUGUGUCUGGAGGGUUUUCCCCCUCCAUCUUGGAAAAUGUAAGGCAGGCGAUUUGGGUCUCGCGCCACUUGUCGCUGCAAACCUCGCAGGAAUCGGACAAGUUGGCCACCGAGGAAGCGCUGUAUCUAGCCACGCGCGGCGGCGCGAAAGUCGUUGGGUUGGAAGAUAAGGUCGGAGGGUUUGAGGUGGGCAUGGAGUGGGAUGCGCAGAUGGUUGUGCUUGGGGAGGUGCAGGAGGGAGAGGUGGUAGAGGGUCAGGUUGAUGUUUUCGGGUGGGAAAAGACUGGAGACAAGAUAGAGAAGUGGGUUUUGGGUGAGGGGGAGAUUGGUGCAUACGACGUCAAGAUAUGGGGGUGCUGA